UCUGCAGAGACGCCUGGAGAUCCACCUACAGAGCAGAACAGCAGCUUCCUGUGAGUGAAACCAGCUGGAAACCUCCAACACUGCUGCUCCAAGCUGAAGGUGAGCCGGAACCAGAACCCUGAAGCUUCACUCAGAGACUAAAUGGCUUCCAGAUCUGUAGGAGCUAUGUGGGCUUGUUCCCAUUCUAUAUCACUAUCAUCUACAGUUGUAAUCUUUUAUUCAUUGUCUUUUAAUUUUCCUGCAGUAUUCUCAGGCAGAAAAUAUCUGCUGUCACUUGGACAAAAACCUUAAAACAAAUUACCAAGAAUGUUGUUUUUAUCUGAUGACUGAAAAUGAAGGAGAACCUGUUCAGCUGCAAGCAGAGUGAAAAUGAAAACUUGGUAAAAAACAAUAUCUCAGCCAGAGAGCAACAGAACUAACAGGUUUAAGCUCCGCCUCUCACCUAAAACACUUGGAACAGCCUGGAACCAGUUUUUUCAUUCCUGUCAUAGAGACCAAACCAGCAGUUUCCUCUGAGUCCAGGAGAGAAAAGAGGAAACCUCCAACCCUGAAGCUUCACUCAGAGACUAAAUGGCUUCCAGAUCAGAGGAGGAUCUCUGCUGUCCGGUCUGUCAGGACGUCUUUAAGGAUCCGGUUGUUCUGUCAUGUAGCCACAGCUUCUGUAAGGAGUGUCUGAAGAACUGGUGGAGAGAGAAAGCAGCACGAGAGUGUCCAGUUUGUAAGAGAAGAUCUUCAAAGGAGGAACCACCUUUAAGUCUGACUCUGAAGAACCUGUGUGAGACCUUCCUGCAGCAGAGAGACCAGAGAGCUUCAGAGGAUCUCUGCAGUCUGCACUCUGAGAAACUCAAACUCUUCUGUCUGGACCAUCAGCAGCCAGUGUGCUCCAUCUGCAGAGAUUCAAAAAAACACAUCAACCACAGAUUCAGACCCAUCGAUGAAGCUGCUGAGGAUCACAAGAAGAACCUUCAGGAAACUCUGGAACCUUUAAAGAAGAACCUGGAGCUCAGGAAGAAAGUUCUAGAGGAGUUUGAUCAGACAGCAGAACACAUGAAGGUCCAGGCCCGACACACAGAGAGGCUGAUUAAGGAGCAGUUUAAGAAGCUUCAUCAGUUUCUAGCAGAGGAAGAGGAGGCCAGGCUGGCUGCACUGAGGGAGGAAGAGGAGCAGAAGAGUGGGAUGAUGAAGGAGAAGAUGGAGGCUCUGAGCAGAGAGAUAGCAGCUCUUUCAGACACAGUCAGAGCCACAGAGGAGGAGCUGAGAGCUGAAGACGUCUCAUUCCUGCACAACUACAAGGCUGCAGUGGAAAGAGUCCAGCGCUGCCCCCUGCUGGAGGAUCCACAGCUGCCCUCAGGAGCUCUGAUAGACCAGGCCAAACAUCUGGGCAACCUGGCCUUCAACAUCUGGAGCAACAUGGAGAACAUGGUCUCCUACACUCCUCUCAUCCUGGACCCAAACACUGCUGCUUCAGAACUCAUCCUGUCUGAAGAUCUGACCAGUGGGACUUUUGGAGAGAAACAGCAGCUUCCUGAUAAUCCAGAGAGGUUUAGAUCACGAUAUUCUGUCCUGAGUUCUGAGGGCUUCAACUCAGGGAACCACAGCUGGGAUGUUGAUGUUGGAGACAGUAAACACUGGACACUUGGUGUGUUAGCAGAGUCUGUCCAGAGGAAGGGACUCAUAGAGUCUGGAUGGUUGAUUCUAUUGUUCUAUAAAGGUAAAUACUCAGCACGGUCUCCUCCAUCUCCUUCCAUGGAUCUCUCAGUCCAGAAGAAGCUCCAGAGGAUCAGAGUGAAUCUGGACUGGGACAGAGGAAAGCUGUCCUUCUCUGAUCUGGUCACUAACUCACACAUACACACCUUCACACACACCUUCACUGACAAGAUGUUUCCAUACUUCUUCACUGUGGGUAAAGUAAAAAUGCUACCGAUGAAGAUCUCAGUGAGCAAACAGCAGCUCUGAUGUUCUCAGCAUGAAGAACACAAAGUCCAGAUGAAACCUUGAUGAUCUGAUUGAAACUCAGUGAUUUUAAACAGGAACCUGGAGAUGAUCUGAUCUGACUGAUCAUCUGAGGACUUGUUCAUUUCUGCCUCUUAAACAUUUUAUUUUAUCCUGAAUCUUUGGUGGUUAAAUGUCUCCUUUGUGUUAAUCUCUCUAAAGCAUUCACUAAAUAAAGUUUGAUUGAUUUCCUGUCAGGUGGGAAACAGUUGGCUGCAAAUAAAACAUUUAUUGUCUCCAACAUCUUGACAGCGUCAUGUCAGUCUGUGCAGAGGAAAGUUUGUCUCUGAUGCAAAGCUGGACCCAACGGCGCCACUAAGGUCCAACAAGCUUCCUUCAGGUUGGA